AUGCCUGCCCCCCAAGUCAACGGCGACGUGGCCAGCCAUGUCCAAUCCGCUUUCCUCCAGCACCUGCUCUCAUUCCCCCUAGUCAGCGAUGGCGUCCACACCGUCGCGGCCAACGAGUACGCUCAGAGAUCGCUCAAGCUCGGCGACUCAGCGUACCAGACUUUUGCCGCCCCCAUCAUCCCCUACUUUUCUAGACCCCUUGGCCUCGUCUCACCCUAUGUCCAAAAGGCCGACUCCUUUGGCGACAAGACCCUGGACCGCAUCGAAGAGCGCUUCCCCAUCAUCAAGAAGCCCACCAAUGACCUCUACAACGAUACCCGUGGAUUGAUUCUGCUCCCUUACCAAAAGGGACUCGAGGGCAAGGAGCACGUCUUCCAGGUCUACGCUUCCGAGCUUAAGAAGCUUGAGCAGCAGGGCGUAGUGGCUCAGGGCAAGGCUGCCGUCUCCACGGCCUUUGUUGUUAGCAACGAGACGCUGGCUUGGCUGAGCAGCUUUGUUGCUGUCAAGAAGGGCGAAGCUGCCGAUUCUACCAAGGAGAAGAUCAACCAGUAG